AUGAUUUCACCAAAAAUGCUAGAAAGUGAAGGUGAUAUUUUUUGUUGUAAUGGACACAAUUAGAAAUGCAUUUCAAUUUUGUUUGAUUCAACGAUGACAAGAGAUUAGCGUUAUCUUUGUUCCGAUUGCUUAGAAUAUUUAGACUAGGAUAAAAAAGUGAUUGGCAUACGUAGGGCUUAAGAAUUAAUUUUCGAAUAAUAAACUGAUAAGAUCAAACAAGUUGAAGAUAUCAUUAAUCCCUAAAUUUAUUCGAUCGAAAAGGCACUUGAAUCAAUAAAUGAAUCAAAAUAAUAAUUUUUUGAUUCAUACUAAUAAUUGAUUUCUGGAUUAAGUGAUUGGAUUGGAAGUCUAAAAUAGCAAAUAGAAAACUCCGCUCACUUUAGCUUCUAUGAGGAGUUAGACAGUUUCAUAAGUUAGCAAAACUGUAUUAAAGGGAAUAUAUAUUAAUUAAAUCAAGAAAAUUAAGUGAUUAAUUAAAAUUAUCAUACCAAAUUGCGCAAUCAUUUAGAAAAAAUUCAUAAAAUUUCAUUAGAUAAUGUUUAUUUAAAACAAUUAGACUUCUUAGCAUGCAAUUCUAGAUAAUCGAAUUAAGAGUAAGAUAUGAUAGAAUAAUAACUUAAGCAGAAAUCUCAAAUAAGGUUUAAAUAAUCUCUAUAAAACAUAAUAAAAGUUGAUUAAGACAUACAAAAUUUUGAAAUAAGUUUUAAUCAACUUUAAGUAUUUUGCGAUAAAAAAUAAGAAUGCGAAUCAAUUGCUUUUAAUUAUUCUCAAUAAAUUAUGAUAUCAGCUGAUUAGAUGAAUAUAUAAGUUUGGAAUUUCGAUUAAGGGAAAAUCGAACUAGAAAAAACAUUAACAGUCCAUAGUGAUGAGAUUUUUUGUUUAAUGUUUAGUAAGAAACAUAAUUCUUUUAUCUCGGCUGGCGCAGAUAAAUCUCUUAUAAUUUGGAAAUAAAACGACAAUAAAGAAUGGAUUAGAUCUGAACCCUAUAUAUAGCACACCGAAUGGGUGAUGUGCCUUCUUUUUAAUUAGAGCGAGGAUUUAGUAUUUUCUGGAAGCAAGGAUACAUCAAUUAUUGUUUGGUCUGUAAAUUUGGAAAAAAAUGAAUUAGCUUAUAAAUAUUCUUUAAAAACACAUAAAGCAACUGUUAUUUCAUUAAGUUUAAGUGAAUCUGAAAAUUUAUUGGUUUCAUGUGGAGUUGAUACAAAUUCAAUAAUAAUUUGGGAAAGUAAUUAUAAAUCGAAAUUUGUCUUUGAGUUUAAAUAUUAUGUUAAAUAGUCAAUCUCAGCAGAAGGAUUAAAUCUUAUGUUUAUUAACGAUACCUAAUUUAUAUGGAUUACAGGGGGAAAAUAAUUUGAUUAGCUCUGGGUAUUUGAGAUGGAUGAAGGAAUUUUUAAAGAAAAAUCUAACAAGAAGAUAAAUUUAAAGAAAAACGAUAAAGUAAAUGAUGAAUGCCAUUUCCCUAUAGUCUAUAAUAAGGAAAGAAAUAUAUUGUUAAUAAAACAUAAGACAUAUAUUUAUAUAAUUAGGCCAAUGAAUACAGGAGAUUUUUCAAUCAUAAAGGAAUUUAAUUGUGAUGCUGGUGGAAUUUAUGGGACGAUGACAAAUACUGGAUCAUAUUUAGUUUAUUGGAAGUCAGAGGAGAAAUCAUACGUUUCACAUGAAUUAUUAAAAAUAUGA